AUGCAUCAAUUCGAGACAAUUGAAGGAAAGAUUCUUUACAUCACAUACAAUUUAUAUAAGUAAAAUCGUAUCUGUAUCGAAUAAAAGAAUGAAAUAAAAGGUUGAUAAUUUAAAAAUAUUCAUUAGACAUGUUGAUUAGUAAAAAUCAUCGUAUUGAAAAAUUAUUAUAAGAACUAAGAGGAGGAUAUAAUGUAACUCAAAUUGAAAAUAGCCUUGAAACAAUUAAUGUAAUAUGUCUUUAAUAAUUAUCAUUUAGGAUUUAAGUCCAAGAGAUUUUGAUGAUAGUCUCAGUAAUUCAUAUAAAAAUAAAAGACCAAAGAAAUUUAAGUUCUAAAAAUCAAAUUUCCCAAGAAAUUUAGACCAAUAAGAAAUUAGAGCAAUUGAGGAUUCUGAUUCAUUGUCUCGAAAUUCUAAUUAAUAGUUUUAAUUUGAUUCAAGGAGACGUGUAUACUCUUUAGCUGCAGAUUCAUGUUGA